AUGGUGCCAGUUACACUUCCCACGAAUUUUGAAUGGGGCUUUGCAACAGCAGCAUAUCAGAUUGAGGGCGCUGUGGAUGAAGAUGGGCGCGGCAAAUCAAUUUGGGACACCUUCUGUCAUCUCCAGCCCACAAGAACCAAGGGUGCAAAUGGAGAUAUCGCCUGCGAUCACUAUCACCGAUAUGAAGAAGAUCUCGAUAGCCUUGUCCAAUACGGGGCUUCAGCUUACAGGUUCUCAAUCUCCUGGUCUCGCAUCAUCCCUAUGGGAGGAAGAGAUGAUCCAGUCAAUGAGUCAGGCAUUGCAUUCUAUGAUAACCUGAUCAAUUCUCUCCUUUCAAGGGGAAUCACUCCGUGGGUCACUCUGUAUCAUUGGGAUCUUCCUCAGGGGAUUCAUGAUCGAUAUGGAGGUUGGUUGAAUGUGGAAGAGUCACAACUUGAUUUCGAGCGAUACGCGAAAGUCUGCUAUGAGCGAUUCGGAGACCGAGUCAAGAAUUGGAUCACUAUCAAUGAGCCGUGGAUUGUCUCUAUUUUUGGAUAUGGCAAUGGAUGGAAUGCACCUGGACGCAGUAGCACAAAUCCCAUGUCUACCAACGGAGAUACUUCCACGGAGCCUUGGACUGUUGGCAAAGCUUUGAUCAUGAGCCAUGCUCGUGCGACUGCGUUGUAUAAUCGUGAUUUUCGUGGCCCUCAAAAGGGCAAGAUUGGUAUCUCUCUGAAUGGUGAUUAUUAUGAGCCUUGGGAUAGCCAAGAUCAGCGAGACCACGAGGCUGCGGAGCGCCGCAUGGAGUUUCAUAUUGGAUGGUUUGCCAAUCCUGUGUGUCUAGCGCAAGAUUACCCUGAAUGCAUGAGAGCUCAGUUGGGAAAUCGACUUCCCCGCUUCACAGAAUCAGACUUCGCUCUGCUCAGAAAAGCUGAUAUGGACUUCUAUGGGAUGAAUUACUACACUUCUCAAUAUGCUCGACACCGUGGAACCAAUCCCCCCGAUACAGACUUCCUGGGUAACGUGGACGAAUUACAAGAAAACAAGGAAGGCAUGUCGAUCGGGGAAAAGAGUGGUGUAUCUUGGCUUCGAUCAACCCCACACUUGUUCCGGAAACACUUAACCAGGAUUUAUCAAAAAUACGGGAAGCCGAUAUAUGUCACAGAGAACGGAUGCCCUUGCCCUAACGAGGACAAGAUGACACGUGAAGAGGCUGUCAACGAUGACUACCGAGUCCAAUACUUUGCGGAUCAUCUCGAUGCAGUUGGGAUAUCUUGCAAAGAUGGCUCUGAUAUCAGAGGUUACUUUGCGUGGUCUUUGAUGGAUAACUUGGAAUGGUCCGACGGGUAUGGGGUCCGCUUUGGCGUUACUUUCACCGACUACGACACUCUUGAAAGAACUCCAAAACGAUCUGCUCUCCUUCUGAAAAGUAUGUUCAAUGCACGUAUGAGCAAUAUACCCAUAGGUCACCCGUGUGUAGCAGAGUUGGAUGAGCGCAAGUCACACAUAUGA